AUGGUCGCCGGCAUCCGGGAUAAGGGAAAGAACUUCAACUCAAUAGGAGUUCUUGAAUGCAGGCACAAAAUUAAAGUUGUGGGCUUUCGAAUGUGGAACAUCACGGGAAUAUCGACUUUCGCCAUGUUUACAAAACCAAAGGUCUCCCGACUUGCCCGGGAAGUCUCCGCCCCUGCACAACCGACGACUCAACAAUACGCCUUCAUCAGUGAACAUAGAACUCUCGGGACAGACUGUGCUAGAAGAAUGGAACAGAAGACGUUAGGAGCGUCAUACUCUGUAUGUUCCGUGCAGAUCGACUCAAGCUAG